AUGAGCAACACACCUGUCCAGGACCCAUCUGCCCAGGAACUGUCCUCUGGCAGCGGGCACACGUUACCCUCCCGACCCCUCCAGCCCACCUCUGAUCCCUCAGCCUCUAAAAGAGUAUGUUUCUACAAAAGUGGCGACUAUAAAUUCAGUGGGCAUCGCAUGGUCAUCAAUGCCCGCACCUUCAAGACAUUUGAUGCUCUACUGGAUGCUCUGUCCAAGAAAGUGCCUCUGCCAUUUGGAGUGAGGACCAUAACCACACCUCGCGGGACCCACGUGGUUAGGGCUUUAGAUGACUUGCACGAUGGGGGAUCAUAUGUGUGUUCUGACCAGAAACGGGUGAAGCCAUUAAACCUGGAUGAGGUGAACCGACGACAGGUACCGUGGAACACCACCAGGCCCUUCAGCGCAGGGCGACGGAAGCGGCAGCGACUCCAGUUUGGGCAGUUUGGCAGAAGGAAUGAAGUCAACAACAGGCCAGCGAAGGUCACUGAAAGGGUGGCAGUACGGACACCGAAGAAACUCGAGGUCAUCAACAACAGGGAUCCCACCGUUAAACGCACGAUUGUGUUGCAGAGAAGAACCGCACCAACAUUUGACGCUUUACUGGAUUACCUUUCCCAGGUCCUGCAGUUCCCAGUGCUGAAACUCUUCUCGACAGAUGGCAGAAGAGUUGAUGGUCUUGCAGCGCUCAUCCUGUGCUCUGGAGUAGUUGUGGCAGCAGGAAACGAGCCAUUCAGAUUAGGAAACUACAAUUUUCACAGAGCAGGCCAGAUGGCACAAGCCAUGUACAUGGAUACAAUGGAGCCAGCUAUGCUGCAGCCCAGAUCACAGAACACCAAAUCUUUCUCGAGUGGAAGAGGCUCAAGGAAUUUUUCCUUAUCAUCAGAGAGAUAUAUUGUCAACCAAGUAAACAAGUCUCGAGGUGGAAGCGCAAACAGCCAUCUGCAUCGCCACGGCCGAUCGUUUGAAACAGAGGUCAACCAUCGUCACACUUCCAUAGAGACCUGUGGAACCGGGAGGAUCGGCAAUGAGCAUCAUGCUUUCAUUGUACCUCAGGAAGAUGACAUUGAAAAGUCUUUCCGGGUGAAUCAAGACGGCAGCAUGACGGUGGAGAUGAAAGUUCAUCUGACCAUUAAAGAGGAGGAGAUGCUCCACUGGACGACCACACUCAGCCGCUCCAGCCUUAGCAAGAGGACAGUUUGUUCCUCGAUUUCCGAGUCGGGGAACAGCUCACCUGACUCAAACAACGCCUUUGCCAAAGACUCCUCGAGCAUCAGUGAAGAUGAAACAAAGGAGGAGAACCACCCGGUUGGAGCUGGAAAGGGCGUCGGCUUUAGUGACGGGGGAGUAUAUGAGGGGUACACAUCCACGGCCUCGGGGAAAGCAAAAGCAGGCUUCAAACGCACUCCUACGCCAGGUCCUCGGCAUGUUAAUAAGACGGCGUCUGUUGAGAGUGUGAAGACGGUGACAGAGUCAGGGGUUCAAGAGAGCACCCUGGGACAUUAUUCCUACAUGGAGAAGACGGCUGAUGGCGAGACAACUGAGGGAUACUGCGUUGUCAGACACAGCAGCAGCAGCAGCAGGCCAAUCCCAAAACCUCGGAAAACGGCGUCUGCAGGGGCGAAAAAGGCAGGCUCCCACUCCUCCAUCAAGUCAUCGGGAGUAGCUGAGGUUCUUCAGAUACAGAAUAACGGGAUGGAGGUUACAGAGACUGUGAUGCAUAUUUAUGAGAGUCAAGGCUGCUAUGACAACUACUUUGCAAAUGAGGACUAUAGCGUAGACGGUGUACCUUUGCAUGGUUCCACUCCAGCGCCAGACAGCAAACCAUCCACUGUGUCAGGGCCGCGUUCAUCCAGCAAUGAUUGUGAUAUAGAUUUUUCAACUACUUAUUUACUACAAAGACAGAAAGAGGAGAUGUUAUCAUUGUCAUCAGAGCCAGUAACUCCAACACAUGAGAUUACGAGCAAGUCAGAGACUGAGAACGAGGCCAGAACAGCAACAGACUCUCAAACACAGGGGCGAGUAACAAAAGAUAAAACUCCUAAAAGUGAGAAGAAAAAGAUAACUAACCCUGCUCCAAGUCAGAAGAAUUCGACUUCAACAAGCAGCUCAGGUAAAAAGCCAAAGGAAAGCAUAAGCCCCUCAAAACAUAGCAAACAUUCAUCUACAGACAAGCUCAGCAGCAGUGCCAGUGUGGGAAAAAAGAGCCUGAGCUCAUCAGAAAGUGCUAAAAGUGGCCAAAAGAGCAGAGGAGCAGAAAAGCAUCAAAUAAAGAAAGUGGGUAAGGAGGAAAAGACUGCCAGGAAAGGGCAAGCCUUAUUAGCCAGCACUGAAAAUGUGAAAAGGACCCCACCUCAGAGACAAACCAUGAGUAAAGCAGCAGCUAAAGAUAACGGCCAUAAUGUAAAUACUCCAACUGGAAGGCCUCAAAUGAAAAAGAACAUGUUGGACAUUUUACAACCCAAAAAAUCUCUUUUGCCUGUCAAAAAGACAAUCAGCAAGCCUGAAUCCAUGACUGAAAAUAGAACGUCAUCACCUAAAAAGUCUUCAGAGUUGAGUGAGAGUUUUUCAAUGCCUUCUCUCAAUCCUUCACCCUCUGAAAUCCACCAAUAUGUUGAGAGCUGGUUGGAGAAAGUCAGCCCAGACCCUGCACCGCACACCGAGGAGGCCAUUGCCGAUGAAUCGGAGCCUCGGACGAAGGUUAUGUUCCAGAUCGGUGGUGACUCUGAAUCCGAUGAAAAGACUGAAUGCCAGACUAAUCUAGAUGAGUAUUAUCCAUCGCCUGGUGAUGCUGUAAAGAAAUCAUCUUCUUGUCUAUCAGUACCUCUUUGCCAUGCAGCGCCAGCUACAGCUCUGCUGCACAAUGAACAAUACAUGAGAGGUUUAUGCGUUUCCAUGCCCAGUGUCAGAGUCGAUCCUGUACACCAGGAGAACAGACUGAGGGCGCACAGAUCUGCAGAAGCCAUCGCUCCCGCUGAUAAUGAGUCAUCUUCAUCUACAUCCAACGUUUUAAGUCCCCAUGCAAAGAUAAAACCUGCCUUGCGGCAACUUUGUUCAUCAGUCCACUGCAUCAGAAGGGUGCCUGACACCAACACGACGUCGAAUCUUGAGAAGUCCAACAGCCUUCCUGAUUUCCCAACACAAGUGGCUUCAGUGUUCGGCUCAUCGUGUAAAGCCUUCCUGUCAUUCUUAUCAGUGAUGACUCUGCGGGAUGUCUUAACAGGAUCUGCAGCGGGAGAUGGCAACCAAUCGAGAAGCACCUCCGAGGCCAUGCUAAUGAUGGAAUCCCUGCAGAAGAUUUCUGCCAUUGACGACGAGCAGGAGCAGAGGGCGAGUCUGACGGAUCUGCAAAGCAGAGCGUCUUCUAACCUCAGAGAACGCUGGAAGGAUUUCCAGAUUCUGAGGGAAAGGCUUGAGAGUGAACCGCUGUCUCCCAAGUUUUCAGAGACAGAAUUCGCCCUGGACGUGGUCUCUGAAGGGGGUGAUAUAUUCGAGGAUCAGCAUUUGGUUAUUGACGAGCUGAUGGAGGAACUGAAUAUGCCGCAAGACCUCAGGGAACAGAUUUCUUCAACCAUCCAAGCUAAAGGUUUUUACCCUGCAGAGGAGAGUACUUUUGUAGAAACUGAGAGACUGUCAGACUCCGAGGAAGACGUGGAAAAAUUUGUUGAAGAAUGCAACGAUGAAACAAAACAAUCACCGGAGCCUGAUACUUUAGCUGAGGACAUUACUCAGACAAAACAGGAUGAAGAUGACAAUGAGCAGACCAAGACGAUGACAGAGCAAGAACCUGAUAAAGCUCAGGAAGUAGGCACUGACGUAAAAGAAUCAGAAAUAUCACAGAUUGAAAAAGAUGACAAAGAAAAUGAAGAUGAGGAACAAGUAGGGGAGGAUAGGGAGGAGGUGAAUGACAGAGAGGAAGGACAUACAAAAGAGCUAGAUGAUGAUGGCUCUGGUGAAGAGACUGAAACAGGAGAAAGGGAAGGGGAGGAAGAGGCAGAAGAGGGGCCAUCGACAGAAGAAAACAUGGAUGACAAUAGGCAGGAGGAAAGGGAAGCAGAGGAAGGAAAAGAAGAGGAAGAGGAAACUGUUGAUAAAGCAGAGGAAGGGACAGAGGAAGAGGUGACACUGUAUGAGGAAGAAGAGGGGGAGGAAUUAAAUCUCAAGGAUGAAGAAGAUCAAGAAGAAAGAGAGGAUGGUAGUGUUGAGACGGAUGAGAGAGAGGGUGUUGAGGAAGCAGAGGAGGAAGAAGAGGUAGAGGAUAAGGUUGAUGAAGAGGCAGAUGACGAAGACAAGGGGGAGGAAGGGGAAACUGAGGUGAAGAAAGGUGAAGAGAUUGAAGAAGAAGCAGAUGAGGUUACUGAAGAGACAGAUGAAGAGGAAGUAGAUAAUAAUGUUGAGGAAGUGCAGGAGGAGGAGGAAGGAGAAGAAGAAGCGGAUACUUUUUCUGUGGAUGUAGAGGAGGAAGCACAGGAAGGUGUUGAGGAAAAUGCGGAAGAGGAAAUGAUGGAGGUUAUUGAGGAGAAAGAUGAGGAAGAGGAGGUUGAAAACCUAAUUAAAGAGAAGGAGGAGGAAGAUGUGGUUACUGAGAAAGAUGUAGAGAAUGAGGCUACUGAGGAGGAAGAAGAGGAGGAGGAAGAAGGAGAGGAGGAAGAGGAAAUGGAGGAUGAUAGAAAAGACGGUCGAGAAAAAGAUGAGGAAGAGGACGAAACUGAGGUGGUUAGUGAGGAAAACAAUGAGGAGGAAGAUGAGGAGGAACAAGAUAGACAACAAGAGGAGGAACAAGAGGAGGAUGUAGAGGUAAAAAAUACAAAAGGAAGGGUGAUCACAGAUGAGGAAGAGGAAGAAGAUGAAACUGACAAGAAUAUAGACGAGCAAGAGCGUGCUGAGGGUGAGGAGAGCAGGAAAGAGCUGCUGAAAACAGGAAACAGUCUUGAGGAAGAAUCGGUAGAAGAGGAAGGAGUCUUAGAGGAGAUGAAGAUUGAAGAAAGCAUGAAAGCAGAGCAAAGCCGAGAUGAAGAGGAGAGGGAGGAUGAUGAAGAAAGUAAAAGUAGUGAGUUCAGUGAGGUGUUAGACGAGGUGGAAGAGCACGAAUCAAAGGAAGGAGCAGAGGAAGAAAGUGUCCCUGAUGAUGCAGACAGCAUUGCUGCUGAUACGGACUGUAAAGUCCUCCUGGAGGAGGCCUCGUAUUUACAGCAGCAGAGUAGCUGUGAGGAGGAGGAGGCAGCUGUAGAUGCUAACGCAGCAGAACAUGACAAUGAAUCGCCAACCAAGUAUUCCUCCGAGGGUCAGUGUGAGCUUGAUAAAGAUAUUGGAUCAGACAAAGCUGAUGAACUUGAGGCAGAGGAGGGAGGGGAAAGAAGCAGCAGUCUGCCACAUCCAGUGGAGAUAUCCCAGGAAUUACUUGACUUUGUUAACUCUGCCCUACAAUCCUCUUCACUUACAUUCACGUACGAUGCUCAGGGGAACAUCAGGAUAGAGCCAGAUAGUGCUCGAGUUGUGCAAAACAAACUUACCGUUAUUCCAAAAAGUAAAGAGGAUAUUUCAUACGGCUUAAAGUGUCUCCGCAGCCCGAGCACCUCAGAAUUGUCCGACUACAGGCCGGAAACGUCGGAGAGUGGAGGCUAUAAAAGUCAGGACUCUGUAGAUAUUGUCACAGAGAGUGAGGAAGAGGCUUCACGGAAACCUUUUCCAGUCUGCAGACAUGUGACUGGUAUCCCGAAUGGGAGAACAAACAUGCAGCGAGCUAACUCCAAACUGCACGUUACAAGUAAUUCAGACACCUUGCAGAAUUCCCGAUUAAAAAGUGGAGGGAGUUUCUCUUCUUUUGACUCAGGCACUAAAGCCUCGAGGGAGGAUCUGUCUUAUUUCAGUGGCGCAAGUUCGCAAAAGGCGGACGCUGAAGCUACAGCGGAGGCCGCACAGAGCAUUUCUUUCGCCUCAGAAAAAGACUCAGCGGAUGGGGUUUUGAUCGACCAAGGUAGAUGGCUGCUAAAGGAGAAUCACCUGAUCAGAAAAUCUCCACCAGUCUCCUUGGGAAUGUACGGUAAUGUGGAUAGCACAUCUCUAGAUACAGGUCAGGAGAACACCAGCGAGGAUUCCCUGUCUCAGUAUAAAACCCGGCACAACCCUCUUGCAGCCAUAUCCUCAUCAGAGCUUGAGGAGAUGGCAAAGCCUCCAACUCCAAAGUGCACCUACUACAACAUGCCACAUGGAAGCGAUUCAGACCCCUUCUUGGAUGAUUCCAGUUUCAAAAGUGGGAAAAAAGAUACAAGCAGCGUCAGAGGAAGAGGCUUCAGGGUGUCGCCUACAAUUGACACUUCCAAAACCUUUGCAAGUAAAAAUGGUAGUCUGUCUUCAUUUGCAUCAGUCGAGUUUAAAAUACCGGACAGAAAAGUGCACCCUGAGGGCGAGUCGUCUGCUGUGACACAGCCAAGAAGGACAUCUAGUGGAGGAGGGAGUGUACUGCAAGCCCAGGACUCCCUGGACACCCUUCACGUGAGAUGUGGCCAAUACUGUCCCAUAUUAUAAAAGCAGGACAUCAUGUUUCACAGAAAUAUCCACACAUGCUGGUUCUUCAUGUGCUUAUAGUCUUGGAUGUGAUGAUUUUGUUGUAAAGCAGCUAGAGAUGUUUUGUGUUUGUCAAAUAAUCCUGAAC